GUACAGCUGAGCUGUAUAAAUCUGGAUAUACACUGUUCUGAUGCAGUGCUCAAGGACCCGCAGGAUUAGAGGGGGAGAAAGAACAAGAUGAGUUCCAAGAAAGCAAACAUGGUUUUGGUACUUGUUCUUCUGCUUAUUGUUUUGCCAGCGCUUUCGAUCGGAGGGAGGGAGUUGGCGGAUGAAAAGGAUCACAACAAGCAUUCCACGGCUGCUUCUGAAAAGGGAGCAACGGCUUCAGAAGAUAUGGUCAAGACAAAUGAUUAUGGGCGCUACGAUCCGUCUCCGGCGUUUUCGAAGCCUCGAUUCAAGCUUAUACCCAACUAACUCGCUGCCGCCUGCCUUCUUUAAUUUGUACCAGGCACGAAGGUUAAACUUAUUAACUAAAUUGGAGUAAAAAGGAAUUAUCCUAUAUAUAUAUAUAUAUAUAUAUAUAUAUAUAUAAUAGAUGGCAUAUGAGGAUUGAGGUGUGAUGCUACAUGCUUAGUAUAUGAAUGGCACAUAGAAAUAGUCGCGUACGGAAUGUAUAUAACUUGUGUAGUAUAUCUGGCGUUGGUGCCUCUUAUGAAUAUACUCGGCUUCAGUUCUUA